UUUCUCUGCCACUCCCUCAAUAAAUAGCAACACACCUUUCUCUCUUCCCUGCUCAGAACGCAAACCCCUGAGCUGAGUUGAGUUCCGUGUUCUCGCUCAGCAUGGCUUUGGUUAACCUUUCUUACAUCGGCAUUGUGACCCUUAUAACCCUUCUGGCUUCCACCGAGGCCAGGGUCCCGGGCGUGUACAGCGGCGGCGCGUGGGAGACCGCGCACGCCACGUUCUACGGCGGCAGCGACGCGUCGGGGACAAUGGGCGGCGCGUGCGGGUACGGGAACCUGUACAGCCAGGGGUACGGCGUGAACACGGCGGCGCUGAGCACGGCGCUGUUCAACAACGGGCUGAGCUGCGGUGCCUGCUUCGAGAUAAAGUGCGCGAACGACCCCAGCUGGUGCCACGCUGGCAGCCCCUCCAUAUUCGUAACCGCCACAAACUUCUGCCCCCCAAACUACGCCCUUCCGAACGACAAUGGAGGGUGGUGCAAUCCUCCCCGGCCCCACUUCGACCUGGCCAUGCCCAUGUUCCUCAAAAUCGCUCAGUACCGCGCCGGCAUCGUCCCCGUCUCUUACCGCAGGGUGCCUUGCCGUAAGCAGGGAGGGAUGAGGUUCACGAUCAACGGCUUCCGUUACUUCAACCUGGUUUUGAUCACCAACGUCGCGGGCGCAGGGGAUAUCGUGAGGACGAGCGUGAAAGGGUCAAAGACUGGGUGGAUGAGCAUGAGCCGCAACUGGGGUCAGAACUGGCAGUCAAACGCUGUUCUGGUUGGUCAGUCACUCUCCUUCAGGGUCACAGCCAGUGACCGACGCACCUCCACCUCCUGGAACAUUGUACCCGCCAAUUGGCAAUUUGGUCAAACAUUCACCGCCAAAAAUUUCAGAGUCUAAUAAUUACUGUGUUUGAUGGUUUUUUUGUUAAAUUGUUUAUUUAAUUUUUAUAAUUUUUUUUUUAGUUUUUAUAGUUUAAAAGUGAUUUUUUUUAAUUUUUUUAAUUUAUAUUUUAAUUUUUUUAGUCUCUGGAAUCAUAAAAUUAUAAAAAUUAAAAAGAUCACUUUUAAAAUUACAGAGACUAAAAGAGAAUUAAAAUAUAAAUUAUAAGAAUUAAAAAGAUUAUUUUUAAAUUAUAGAAACUAAAAAAAUAAAAAUUAUAAAAUUAUAAGAAUUAAAUGAAUAAUUAUAAUUUUUUUUUGAGUAGUUUUGAAUUUACCUUGGGAUGUGGAUAUAAGGGAAACCGCGAGAGAGAAAAUAAUGGUGGGAAAGUAAAGUAAGUUGUGGUAGUGAUUAGUCAAACUUUUUGACUUUUUCCUUUGUCUUGAACGAAGAAAUUGGGGUUGUCUUAGUAUACGUGUUUGAAGUUUUAUAGUAGGAUUCUAGAAAAUGGAGGGAAACUUUAUGUAAGGGGCUGAAGUGGCUUCAAAUGCAUAAGCCCGCAGCUAUGUUUCUUAUAUUAUAGUAUAUUUAUAUAUAUAUAUUGUAUGAAAAGAUCAAGUGUGUUUAAGAAA